UCCCAGCUACUCGGGAGGCUGAGGCAGAGAAUUGCUUGGACCCGGGAGCUGAGAUCACGCCACUGCACUCCAGCCUGGGCUACAGAGCAAGACUCUGUCUCAAAAAAAAAGAAAAAGAAAAAGAAAAAAGAAAAAAAAAGAAACGUAUUUUAUGCUUAAUACAGAAACUUGAUAAAUACAACAAAAUCAAAAAGGGGGGAAUUGCCAUUAAUUGGGAAAGAUUUUACUUUUUUAACUUGAAGGUUUUUUUUGCAUUUCUGCCUAACCUAAAAGGUCAGGUUUUUGUACCUUGGAGAAGGAAAUUAUAAAUGCCCAAGAAUAAGAUAUUUAAAUUGAAAAUGUACUUUAGCUUUUCUUUUUAUCUUUUUGUUUUUUUUCCCUCUGAGAGCCUCAAUUUUUUAUGCUUUAGCUUUUCUUAAAACAUAACAUUUAGCAUAGUAAAGAAUUUUAAUAGCUAUGUAGAUAAGAAUGAAAGAGGUGAAUUAUAUGCUUGUUAAAUUAAUCUAACUGCCUCUUUUACCAUCUUUACUAUAGAUUAUUAUCCGGUAUUAAUUGUCAUCCUUUUAUUCAGUCCUUGAUCCCAAAGUAAGAAGAAUUGAUGAGGAUAUGUGCAUUGUGUUAUGUCUGAUCACAGUUUGACUAGCACAGUCUGGAAGUGGGUUGUACAGGAUGAGAGAGAGAAGCCUAAUUGCUCUCCCAGCAUCAGCAGCAUCUAUAAAGCAUCCUGGGAAUUGCUUGUCCUACGUUCAGAGCAGCUGGUCACAUGAGCCUGAAUUUUCAGUUCAGUUCAUUAGUCAGCCAUUUUGGUCAACACCCUGCUUACUGCGCACGGCCAAUCCUAUGAGAACUCAGCAUCCCAGCUCAUCUGAGCAGAUCCUGGAAGUGAUUUCUGCAGCUCAGGAUUUUUUUUUUAAGCUACAUUGAAAAUAUAGGUUUAUUUUUUGUUCAGGUUUUUCUUUUAUAUUUUUUUUCUGCACAAAGGAGGAGGAUUUUUCACUUACUCAUAUCGAGGCCAGAUUUUUAAAGCCAGCUAAGGCAGCAUCAGCUGUGCGGGAUUUAAAGCCUAUAGCUCAGCUGAAAAAAAAGGUGGGGGGCAGGGAAGGGAAGAUAAAAGGAGAGGAAGCUGGGAGAAGACAAGCAUCAUCUUAUUUUGCUAUGUGGUAGGAACUGUCUAUAAGAUAGUGUAGAAUUGUUUAUCUUGAGCAGUUUGUUCUUAACCUAUAAGGUAUUUUUCCUUUUUUUUUUUUAAACCUCCCCCACCCCUUUCCUGAAAGCUUUGUUUCAGAGCUUUGUAUUGGGUUUUUUUGGUGAGGAGGUUGUAUUUACUUUUGUGGUGUGUGUGUGUGAGUGUGUGUGGGUCUGUGUGUGUGUUGUGGUCCCAGCUGAGUCAUCAUGUCUGCUCUGACGCCUCCGACCGAUAUGCCAACCCCCACCACUGACAAGAUCACACAGGCUGCCAUGGAGACCAUCUACCUUUGCAAAUUCCGAGUGUCCAUGGAUGGAGAAUGGCUCUGCCUGCGAGAGCUGGAUGACAUCUCACUUACACCUGACCCAGAGCCUACCCAUGAAGACUCUUGGGAGGAUUUGACAGAUUUGGUGGAGCAAAUGCGCGAUGAUACAGAAGAUCCUAAUUAUCUCAUGGCUAAUGAACGCAUGAACCUCAUGAACAUGGCCAAGCUGAGUAUCAAGGGCUUGAUUGAAUCAGCUCUGAACCUGGGGAGGACUCUUGACUCUGACUAUGCACCUCUCCAGCAAUUCUUUGUGGUGAUGGAGCACUGUCUGAAACAUGGCUUGAAAGCUAAAAAAACUUUUCUUGGACAAAAUAAAUCCUUCUGGGGGCCUCUAGAACUGGUAGAAAAGCUUGUUCCAGAAGCCGCAGAGAUAACAGCAAGUGUUAAAGAUCUUCCAGGACUUAAGACACCAGUAGGUAGAGGAAGAGCCUGGCUUCGUUUGGCAUUAAUGCAAAAGAAACUUUCAGAAUAUAUGAAAGCUUUGAUCAAUAAGAAAGAACUUCUCAGUGAAUUCUACGAACCCAAUGCCCUCAUGAUGGAAGAAGAAGGAGCCAUAAUUGCUGGCCUGUUGGUGGGUCUGAAUGUCAUUGAUGCCAAUUUCUGUAUGAAAGGAGAAGACUUGGACUCUCAGGUUGGAGUUAUAGAUUUUUCAAUGUAUCUCAAGGACGGGAACAGCAGUAAAGGUACUGAAGGAGACGGUCAGAUUACUGCAAUUCUGGACCAGAAGAACUAUGUAGAAGAACUGAACAGACAUUUGAAUGCUACUGUAAACAACCUUCAGGCAAAAGUAGAUGCAUUAGAAAAAUCCAACACUAAACUGACAGAGGAGCUUGCAGUUGCAAACAACAGGAUCAUUACCUUACAAGAAGAAAUGGAACGAGUUAAAGAGGAAAGUUCCUACAUACUGGAAUCCAAUCGGAAGGGUCCCAAGCAAGACAGAACUGCAGAAGGGCAAGCACUAAGUGAAGCAAGAAAGCAUUUAAAAGAAGAGACACAAUUACGAUUGGAUGUUGAGAAAGAACUGGAGAUGCAGAUCAGCAUGAGGCAGGAGAUGGAAUUGGCUAUGAAGAUGCUGGAGAAGGAUGUCUGUGAGAAGCAGGAUGCCCUGGUAUCUCUUCGGCAGCAGCUGGAUGACCUCAGAGCUCUCAAGCAUGAACUUGCCUUUAAGCUGCAGAGUUCAGACUUAGGAGUAAAACAGAAAAGUGAACUAAACAGUCGCUUGGAAGAGAAGACUAAUCAGAUGGCUGCUACCAUUAAACAACUUGAACAAAGAUUGCGCCAGGCUGAGCGAAGCCGCCAGUCUGCUGAGUUGGACAACCGGCUCUUCAAACAGGACUUUGGAGACAAGAUCAACAGUCUGCAGCUGGAAGUCGAGGAGCUCACCAGGCAGCGGAACCAGCUUGAGUUAGAACUAAAACAGGAAAAAGAAAGAAGAUUACAAAACGACAGGAGCAUCCCAGGAAGGGGUUCCCAGAAGUCAGAAUCCAAGAUGGAUGGGAAGCACAAAAUGCAAGAGGAAAAUGUUAAACUAAAAAAGCCCCUGGAAGAAAGCCACAGGCUGCAACCCCACCCUAUGGAUGAACAGGAUCAGCUGCUGCUCUCUGAAAAGCCACAGGUGUGUCAGCUAUGCCAGGAAGACGGCAGCCUAACAAAGAAUGUGUGUAAGAACUGCAGCGGAACCUUCUGUGAUGCCUGUUCAACAAAUGAACUGCCUCUUCCUUCAAGUAUCAAGCUUGAGCGAGUUUGCAAUCCCUGUCACAAGCAUCUGAUGAAGCAAUAUUCUACCAGCCCAUCAUAAGACUGGAGGCCAAGACCUGGACCAAAACGUUUAUGCAGGCUCCUCUGUACCUGUGUUUUAGCUGUCAGGAUCUCAUAGAGCCCAGUUCUUAGAGUCAACUAAAGAGUUGGUAGGAAUUUACUAGGUCCAGGGAGAAAAGGCAGUGGUUGGGGUUACUGGAAAUUUUGCUCAUUUUCUCUAAUGACUGUACGAAUAAAAGUGAACUUACUUGAGCCUUUCUCUUCUAAAUCUAAACAACCUGAUAUUGAAGGUUUGCUUUAUAGCAUAUCCUUGGAAGGGCAACUCAUUUUUAUGAUUAGUGAUACUGGGGUGGAUUUAAUAGGAGAGAGAAUCCAGGCAGAUAAGAAUAAAAAGGAAAAUGAUCAUCUCCUUCUAUAGCAUUUGCAGAUGCAAGGGGGAGAGGUAGAUGCUGAGAUCAAAAUGACAGUUGCUACUUAUUUUUCCAGGUGCUGUUAGUAUAAACAUUGUUUCCUCUUCACCCCUGCUAACUACCUCUUUUUAAAGUAAAGUAUUUCUACCAAACUGUGAACCCAAUCUCAGGGAAAAGAAAUUAAAAAGUAAUAUAAAUUCUGAAUAUAUUAAAAACAAUAUUGUAAUAUGUUAUAAUUUCAGGACCAGAAUUUUCUGGUCUUUACCUACAAGGGUUUUCAUUAUCAAAAAAAAGAACAUUUGUUUUUCUACUUUAUGACUUCAAAGUAAAUAACUGCCCUUUUCAGAAUCUCCUUCCAGAAAACAAGCCAACUCUUCCCCAUUCCCUCCAUCUUCCUCUCCAAGUCAUAAUGGAAAUUGUAAGUUUUAAAAAUAGGGUUUGGCUUUUGCAAAUAGAAGAUAUUGAUUAAAGCAAAGUCAAAUAUAGAGUAAAAUAAGUUUAAUUUGUUUUCUUGAGACAGGGUCUUGCUCUGUUGCACAAGCUGGAGGGCAGUAGUGCAAUCACAGCUCACUGAAUCCCUGUUCUCCCGGGCCUCAAGCAAUCCUCCCACCUUAGCCUCCCAAGUAGCUGGGACUGGCUUUUUUUUUUUUUUUUUUUUUUUGGCCGGGGAGGGGGUCUCAUUGGUUGCUCAGCCUGGUCUCAAACUCCUGGGCUUAAGCAGUCCUCCCACCUUGACUUCCACAGUGCCGAGAUUACAGGCAUGAGCCACCACACCUGGCCAAGUUUAAUUAUUUGUUCAUGGCUGAGAACAGUUAGCUCGGAAUACUUACAUUGUUUUUUGAAUAAGGAAUUCCUUAUUCUGAGUGAGUCACGAAUGAGAGCUGAUAGAUGCUUUCUUGAAAAGGGCAAUACAGUCAUGCCUUGGUAUCCAUAGGGGAUUGGUUCCAGGAACCCAACUGGAUAUCAGAAUCCAUGGGUGCUCAAGUCCCAUUAUAGAGAAUGGGUUAUAUGGUAUUUGCAUAUAACCUACAUACAUCCUCCUGUGUACUUUAAAUCAUCUGAAGAUGAUUACUUAUACCUAAUAAAAUACCUACACAUCACUUCAUUUGCAUGGAUUCAACAUAGUGCUUGGUGUUCAGUAAAUUCAAGUUUUGCUUUUUUGGAACUUUGUGGAAUUUUUCUUUUUCUGAAUAUUUUUGAUUGGCAGUUGGUUGAAGCCAUGGAUGCAGAACCCAUGGAUAUGGAGGGCUGACUGUACUUACAUAUCUAUCUUUGAGGAACAAACUCUUUGGGGGAAAAGAGGGAAGUGUAUUGAGCAAGAGAAGGCAAAAAACAUUACAUACUAUUUUGAUUCUGUUACAUGUGUCUAUAGAUUGUUUCAUUCUAAUCAAGACCUAAGAAGGUAUGAUUCUGUGACUGAUUUAGAAUUCUGGGGUGGAAAUAUCCUGGAACCAUGUUUUUUAAUAAAUUCUGUCUCUUGGAAAGAGUUAACAGCCUGGGAAAGAGUUGUUAUUCCAAAAGUCAGCCUGUUACUUGGUGAAGCUGAAGUUUAAGAGUUCUGGGGAAAAAUAAAAUCUAGUAAUUCCA